AUGUAUGAAGAUUUCUUUACAAGUCCUGGAAAACCAGCUGAAUUUGAUAAUUAUUGCAAUGUAUUUGACAAAGGAGAUAAAAAGAAUGCUGAAGCUAAAAAACUUUGUAGUAAACUAGAAAAAAGUAAAAGUACAGAAACCUAUAACUAUUGUCGUUACUUACCUUAUUGGUUAUAUGAUGAAAUAGGAGGAAUAGAAAAAGACCACAAGAAAAAAAUUAGCAGUAUAACUUUUGCUGAAAGUCUAAUAAAUGUAGGAAAUACUGUUAGAUGGAAAAUUAAACAAAAUUAUUGUUAUAACACUAUACCAUAUGAAAAGGAUAUUAAUUUAGAUGAAAUGAAAAAUAGGAAAGUAUCUUAUAUUUAUUUUAAAAACUAUGAUAAGAUUAAAAGUUAUAUUAGUUCAAAAACUAAAGAUAAAUGCAAAGAAUAUUCUGUAUAUCUUAACAAUAUUAAUUCAUUUUAUAAUCUGUACAAGAAGGAGUGUACAAAUGGAUUUUUUGGUGUUUAUGGUCCUGAUUAUGCUGAUUGUAGUUCUAAAUACGACCCCAAGACUCUUAUAACUGCAUUAGAACAAUGUAAAGGUAAAGGAUCUAGUAGCGGUAGGAGUGGAGGAGAAUCUUCUAUAUUUGGGUGGAUAUUUGGGGGUACGACAACUAGAACAUCUCAAGAUAGAAAUUCUGCAGGUGUUCAACCACCGACACGGGAUGAAGGUGCAACCAAUUCUGCAGCAUCAGGAUACAGAAGAGAUCAAGUUCAAGCAACUGAAGGACCCGGAACAAAUAAAGGAUUGGUAGAUACAGUUACCCCUCAAAGUAGAGCAAACUUAAGUGAUCCUAAAAGGGAUGUACCAGUAUCGCAACUUCAUAAUUCGAAAACGGGUGAGCACAUGCCAGAUGGAAGUAAUAACAUCCAAUCUGUUGCUUCUGCCACUUUACACACAACAUCUGAGGCCAUCACAUAUAUAUCUAAUUUUUUGGAAAAAAUGUAUGAUGCAUUGAAAUCGGAGUAUUUUCGUCACUCAAUCGUUUGUGCUUCAACAAUUGGAGUAGUUGUUUUCCUUUUCUUUUUUUCACAGUAA